AUGCACUCAGGUGUCCUGGCUGCCUUCCUCUUCUUGAGCUUGACUCCUUGUUGGUCCCUGCCCCUUCCCAACGAUGAGGAUGAUGAGGAUCGGUCUGAGGAAGACUUCCAAUUUGCAGAGCGCUACCUCAGAUCAUACUACCAUCCCCUGAAUCCCGCCGGCAUCCUGAAGAAGACUGCAGCCAGCUCCAUGGUGGACAGGUUGCGAGAAAUGCAGUCUUUUUUUGGCUUAGAGGUGACUGGCAAACUUGACGAUAAGACCAUAGACAUCAUGAAAAAACCAAGAUGUGGGGUUCCUGAUGUGGGUGAAUACAAUGUUUUCCCUAGAACUCUCAAGUGGUCCAAAAUGAACUUAACCUACAGAAUUGUGAAUUAUACCCCUGACAUGACUCAUUCUGAAGUGGAAAAGUCAUUCAAAAAAGCCUUCAAAGUUUGGUCUGAUGUGACACCCCUGAAUUUUACUAGACUUCACAGUGGCACUGCUGAUAUCAUGAUCUCUUUUGGAACUAAAGAGCAUGGCGACUUCUACCCUUUUGAUGGCCCCUCUGGUCUGCUGGCUCAUGCUUUUCCUCCUGGGCCAAAUUACGGAGGAGAUGCCCAUUUCGAUGAUGAUGAAACUUGGACAAGUAGUUCCAAAGGCUACAACUUGUUUCUUGUUGCUGCCCAUGAGUUUGGCCACUCCUUAGGUCUCGACCACUCCAAGGACCCGGGGGCACUCAUGUUUCCUGUCUAUACCUACACUGGCAAAAGCCACUUCAUGCUUCCUGAUGACGAUAUGCAAGGGAUUCAGUCUCUCUAUGGUCCAGGAGAUGAAGACCCCAACCCUAAACACCCCAAAACACCGGACAAAUGUGAUCCCUCCUUAUCCCUCGAUGCCAUUACCAGUCUCCGAGGAGAAACAAUCAUCUUUAAAGACAGAUUCUUCUGGCGCCUGCAUCCUCAGCAGGUCGACGCGGAGUUGUUUCUAACAAAAUCGUUUUGGCCAGAACUUCCCAACCGUAUUGAUGCUGCAUAUGAGCAUCCCUCCCAUGACCUUAUCUUCAUCUUUAGAGGCAGAAAAUUUUGGGCUCUUAAUGGCUAUGACAUUCUGGAAGGUUAUCCCAAAAAAAUAUCCGAACUAGGAUUUCCCAAAGAGGUUAAAAAGAUAAGUGCAGCUGUUCACUUCGAGGACACAGGAAAGACGCUCUUCUUCUCAGGAAACCAGGUCUGGAGCUAUGAUGAUACUAACCAUGUGAUGGAUAAAGACUACCCCAGACCAAUAGAAGAGGACUUCCCAGGAAUUGGUGAUAAUGUAGAUGCUGUCUACGAGAAAAAUGGUUAUAUCUAUUUUUUCAACGGGCCCAUACAGUUUGAAUACAGCAUCUGGACUAACCGUGUUGUUCGGGUCAUGCCAGCAAAUUCCCUAUUGUGGUGUUAA